CCUGCGCAGCUCCAGCAGCAAACUGGCCCAGCUCACCCUGGAGCAGAUCCUGGAGCACCUGGACAACCUGCGCCUCAACCUGACCAACACCAAGCAGAACUUUUUCAGCCAAACGCCGAUCCUGCAGGCGCUGCAGCACGUCCAGGCCAGCUGCGACGAGGCCCACAAGAUGAACUUCAGCGACCUCUUCUCCCUGGCCGAGGAGUAUGAAGACUCCUCGUCGAAGCCGCCCAAGAGCCGCCGGAAAGCGACGCUCUCGAGCCCGCGGAGCCGCAAGAACGCG